AUGGUCCGUAAAAGUGUGGUUCUUCUUAUCUGUGUGUUGGUCGCCCUAAGUUAUGCCUUGGAAGAGGAGAGGAACCAUACAGAACGAACCGGGAGACUCCAGAAGGAAUGCUCGAGCAACCUCAGCGCGAAAUGCUUAAAAAUCCACGCGCUCUCCUUCCUAGAAGAUCUGAGUUCUCGCGAUGAACUGAGGAUCCUCCCUGGAUUGAGCAUUGUGAGAGAAAAAGAUGCGAACAGCACGAAUCCGGAGGAAAUAGCCGCGGAGUUAUCCAGACAGUUCCCUGGAAAAUCUGAGGAGAAGUUGAACAGGUUUCUUCUGUAUCGUCUCCAGAGCUACCUGGAUGGACAUUCCAUUAGGUACAGGCUGCUGGAUUCGGAGACUUCCAAGGAGGCCCUAGAUAUGGUUAAGGGAGAUAGGGAAGCAGGAGCUACGGGAAGGAAAAAGGGAGGUGGAGGUGGUUUGAAGGGAGGUGGUGGGCUGUUUGCAGCGGCUCUGUUGGGGAAAGGUGCCCUAGCAGCGGCCGCCUUGGGCGCCUUAGCGUUACUCGCCGGAAAAGCCCUUAUGACGGCUCUCAUGUCCCUUCUCCUCUCCGCCCUCGUGGGAUUGAAAGGCCACGGUGGGCACAAGUCCACCACCUACGAGAUCAUCACCAAGCCGGAGGUAUCCCACCACCACUCCCAAAGCCAUGAGGAGCACCAUGAGCAUGAGCACGGUCAUCAUGGCGGCUACAGGAGAGCAUACGAUGAGAACUACAAUAGCUAUAUGCCGUACGAUAAUACUACGCAUUAG